CUCUCACGUUGUGGCUUGGAAAUUAGAGCACAUUGCCUAAAAUUGAGGUCUCCACAUACACACUCUCACACACGCCUAGUCACCGAGAGCCGCUGACAUGAACUGGAUGAACGUUGAGGAGAUGCUCCGCAGGGCCGAGACGCCUCUCUUCUGGGUCGGCGCGUUCGCCGUGGCCUCCCUGGCGCUGUGGCUGCUCUACAGGCUGCUCUCAGGCUUUAGGAUCUGGGUCUUGGGAAAUGGGCAGCUGCUCUCUCCGAAGCUGGGCAAAUGGGCAGUUGUGACGGGAGCCACAGAUGGAAUCGGGAAAUCCUAUGCGGAGGAGCUGGCUCGACGUGGAUUUGCCAUGAUGUUGAUCAGCCGCUCCCAGGAAAAGCUGGACGAUGUGGCCAAGUCCCUUGAGGAGCAGUAUAAGGUGGAAACCAAGACUAUUGCAGUUGACUUUGGCAAGACAGACAUCUACCCCAAGAUCGAGGCGGGGCUGGCUGGUCUGGAGAUUGGAGUUCUUGUCAACAAUGUCGGUGUGUCUUACCCCUACCCCGAGUACUACCUCCACAUUCCUGAUCUGGAGAAUUUCAUCACAAAUAUGAUCAACGUCAACAUGACCUCAGUGUGCCAGAUGACCCGUCUGGUGCUGCCCAGAAUGGCUGAGAGGUCCAAAGGUGUAAUCCUCAACAUCUCCUCUGCCAGUGGCAUGUACCCCGUCCCUCUGCUCACAGUCUACUCUGCCACAAAGGCCUUCAUGGAUUUCUUCUCUCGUGGCCUUCAGGAGGAGUACAGGCGUCAGGGCAUCAUCAUUCAGAGUGUGCUGCCCUUCUUUGUGGCCACUAAGAUGACUCGUAUCAGGAAGCCCACCCUGGACAAGCCCACCCCAGAACGCUACGUGGCCGCUGAGCUCACCACUGUGGGUCUGCAGAGCCAGACUAACGGCUACUUCCCUCAUGCUGUCAUGGGUUGGGUGACCACCAAGCUAGUGCCGAGCAGCAUCGUUAUCUUCCUGGGAGCCAGAAUGAACCGUCUGCAGCGCACCGGAUACCUGCAGAGGAGGAGGCUGCGGGAGCAGAGGAAUGGAGCAAGUCUGAAGAGUGAAUAGGACGACAGCUAAGGAUUCUGCAGGCGGCCGCAGUGAUCUGACCUGGUGCAGCAUUUUGGAAAGAGAGAGCAUUUAGUAUCUGUGUGAUUGAUCCCCCAGAGUUGCCUGAAGUUUCACCUUUGUGCCUUCAGUAAAGUAUGCACAUCAGAGAGUAUGUAUGACUUUGUGUUUAAAAGCAGCAGUCUGCCCUGAUGUGGUUUGUCUGGAGAGAAAUGAUCAAAGAAGAUAGGAGCUGAAAUGAUAAUAAAAUACUGCUCUUGGCAAAGGACAUUAAUAUUUUUUGUCACUGACACUGAUGGUGGAAUUUAUACAGCCAAAAUAACGAGUGAUUUGUUAACCCUGCUGUUGUAAGCAGUGGAAAAUGGUGGUGGGCAUCUUUUAUAUAUAUAUCUAUAUAUUUGUAUAAUUAUUUAUUUUAUAUUUGUAUGAACACACGAGCCAAACUCAGACCCUUUAAGACUAGCUUUCAGCUUAGUCCUGUUUACAAAUCAUUGAGCCAUUUUUAAGAUGGUAGUUUUUGCUUUCUUUCAUGUCAGUUUACUUGCACCACUGAGUUGCAAUCCUCAACCAUUGGUUCAUUUUUUUUUUAUGAUAUUGCGUGUUCACAGUAUAUUUAAAACGAUACUUUGUGGUGGGUUGUCGUUACACCAGUGUAUCUCGUUAAUGUUCUAAACCAAAGUUUUUCAUAGUUAUCUUUCGCUGUCACGGUAAACACUAGUGCUUUUCUACUGACAUUAAUGCUGGAAACAGUCAGAGUUAAUGAGCAGGUAUUGAGAAGUUAAGAUGUGCUGUAAUAGGAUAUAAUUCAGCUGGUGCUAUUUCUCGGUGAACUACACAGCUGUUCAGUUUUCUGCCUUGUUUGAUCACAAUGUAAACCCACCAAAGGAAUAACAUGUUUUUUUUUUAAUCUUUUGAUGUUCAACCUCUGCACAUUUAGUUCAUUCAGUUUUCUGUAAUGGAUAGAGAAUGUCAUUCCUUGUGUGGCAAAGAAGGUAAAACAUAGAACUCUGUAGGUUUCACAUUUACAUACAAACUGGUUCACGUACUGCCAAAUGUUUGCUCCUCAUUACAGUUACUGCACAAUAGAAUACCCAGUAUGACGUGGUCUGACCUGUGCCUCAGUCAAGCGGCCUUGUGAAUCCUAAAGAGUAUAAUAUACUUGGAAAUUAAAAUUGGACUUUCUACAUGUAAAAUGCACUGUGUACGUUUAUCCUGCUGAUGGCAUCUUAUGUUUUCUACUAUUUGUUAAUAAAAGCUUUGGCAUAUAG